AUGGAGCCCAUUCCCUCUAAUACUACCCAGGUCACUGCCUCAGAAGUUCGCCCUGAUGAUCCUAUUAUAAACGACAAGCUUGCUCGUGGUCAAAUAGAGCAACUGGUGAUCAAUGCCCUGAAUGAAUUUGGCCAGGGUAUCGCCAAAACGGAGUUUGCUAAGAAGGAUGGAGAGGAGGACCAGAACGACAUCAAGAAGGAUGGAGAAGGAGAGGAGGAGGGCCUCAAGAAGGAGUAUAUUAAAACUGACAAUGACGUGGAGUUACUGAAAGCGCGCAUUGCGGAAGGACUCAAUGGCGUGGUGCUGAGCAAAAUGCGAGGCAUUCUCUAUGGAGGCCUUUCAGGUCCAAGUUAUCAUAUGGUGUUUGUUACAUCUCUGUAG